AUGAACAACUGUAGAAAUCUCAGAUACAUUUGUGAUGGUUGCCUCAGUUUUGUCAUCAAAAACAGAGUCAUGCGUAGUAUUUCGAAAAUUAAGUCUCUCGAGGGUGAAUUCAACAAAAUCAAAAUCAGUCAUGAUCUAACACGUGAUCAGCGCGUUGAGCUGCGAGAAUUGAUUGCUGAAGCUAAAACUAAAGAAGCUAAUGAUGGCCAUUUUUUAUACAGAGUGAAGGGCCAAUUAACAAACGUGGUUAAUGAGCCUACCCAUAACUUAGGUGGCACACUUGAUUUAGUUACGUCCACUCCUGAUAUUCCUUUGUUUAAUUGUAGAGUGGAUCCUAGUGGUGUUUAUUCAGAUCAUGGUCUGAUUAAUGUUUCAUUCUCGGUCAGUAUCAGGCUACCAUUGACAACAAGGCGGUGGUACGCUCUUGAAACCGUUUGGAUGCACAUCGUUUUAAAUCACUAA